GGAGGCAUUUCCCCUACCAAGUGCCUAGGAGGCUCUCCAUCUCUCUGGAUGGCAGAAAAGAGAUCAUAAGACCUGGGCAAUGGAGCUCAGCCAAUGACCGCUAACAGGAAGAAUAGGCCGGAAGCUGUGUGUGGAGUUGGAGUGAUCUAGAUGGCAGCCAGGCAGACAGAACCCGUGACAAUCAUUAGCCUUCGGAAGCUGAGCCAGGCAACCCCAGAGCGGCAGCAGAAAGAGACAAAGACAUUCACCGUGGAGGAUGCUGUGGAGACCAUCGGGUUCGGACGCUUCCACAUCGCACUCUUUCUAAUCAUGGGCAGCACCGGGGUUGUGGAGGCCAUGGAGAUCAUGUUAAUAGCGGUGGUGUCUCCCGUUAUCCGCUGUGAAUGGCGGCUGGAGAACUGGCAGGUGGCAUUUGUCACCACGAUGGUGUUUUUUGGCUACAUGGUCUCCAGCAUCCUCUUUGGUGUCUUGGCUGACAGAUAUGGCCGCUGGAAGAUUCUGCUGCUCUCGUUCCUGUGGGGAGCCUACUUCUCCUUACUGACCUCUUUCUCCCCAUCCUACGUCUGGUUUGUCUUUCUGAGGACCAUGGUGGGCUGUGGAGUGUCUGGCCAUGCACAAGGGUUAAUCAUAAAGACGGAAUUUUUGCCCACAAAAUACCGAGGCUACAUGCUGCCCUUGUCUCAGGUUUUCUGGCUCGCUGGCUCCCUGCUCAUCAUCAGCCUGGCCUCUGUGCUCAUUCCCACCAUUGGGUGGCGUUGGCUCAUCCGCGUUGCCUCCAUCCCUGGCAUCAUCCUCAUCAUGGCCUUCAAGUUUAUCCCCGAAUCUGCUCGCUUCAACGUCUCCACUGGAAACACUCAGGCUGCGCUGGACACCCUACACAGCAUUGCCAAGAUGAACCGCUCAGUCAUGCCAGAGGGGCAGCUGGUGGAGCCCAUCCUGGAGAAAAGAGGAAGAUUUGCAGAUCUCCUGGAUUCCAAAUACCUUCGGACCACAUUACAGAUCUGGAUCAUAUGGUUGGGAAUUUCUUUCGCCUACUACGGGGUUAUCCUGGCCAGUGCUGAGUUGCUGGAGCGGGACCUGGUCUGUGGUUCGAAGUCCGGGUCAGAAGCUGAGGUGGCGGUGACUUCCGGUGACACAGAGGAGAGUCUCAGCCCCUGCUAUUGCCACCUGUUCGCCCCCUCCGACUACAGGACCAUGAUCAUCAGCACACUCGGGGAGAUCGCCUUGAACCCUUUAAAUAUCCUGGGCAUCAAUUUCCUGGGCAGAAGACUGAGCCUGUCUAUCACCUUGGGAUGCACGGCUUUGUUCUUUGUUCUCCUCAACAUCUGCACUUCAAGUGCCGGCCUCAUCGGCUUCCUCUUCAUGCUGAGGGCCCUGGUGGCAGCAAACUUCAAUACCAUCUACAUUUACACAGCUGAGGUCUACCCUACUCAGAUGCGCGCUCUAGGGAUGGGAACCAGCGGUUCCCUGUGCCGCAUUGGAGCCAUGGUCGCGCCAUUUAUAUCCCAGGUCCUAAUGAGUGCCUCAUUCCUGGGAGCCCUGUGUCUUUUCUCAUCUGUCUGUGUUGUGUGCGCCAUUUCUGCAUUCACUCUCCCCAUUGAGACCAAAGGACGUGCCUUGCAGAAAUAG